GUUGUUUUUUGCCUGAUAUGUGGUGGAUGCUGUUUCCGCGAUGGAUCUGGUUUGUGCUCGGACACUCUUCUUAUACUUGGCUCCUUUAUAUAUCCAGCUGCCGUGUGAGGGCAAUGCCGAUGUCUGUGGCAAAAGUGGUUUACUCUCACGCAGGUAUGUGCCCGAAUGACCUGAACCCCAACCUGUGGGUGGACGCUAUGAGCACCUGCACGCGCGAGUGUGAGUCGGACCAGGAUUGUGAGACGUUUGAGAAGUGCUGCCCGAAUGUGUGCGGUAACAAGAGCUGUGUGGCAGCACGCUAUAUAGAUGUCAAGGGCAACAAGGGCCCCAUCGGAAUGCCAAAGGGCGCUACCUGCGACAAGUUCAUGUGCUCUCAGCAAGGAUCAGAGUGUGACAUCUGGGAUGGCCAACCCGUCUGUAAGUGCCGGGACCGCUGCGAGAGGGAGCCUCACUUCACCUGUGCCUCGGACGGCAUGACCUAUUAUAACAAGUGCUACAUGGACGCAGAGGCGUGUUCCAAGGGUAUCGCUAUCUCAGAGGUCGCCUGCAGGUACCACCUGACAUGGUCAAAUACGAGUCCUAUCCCAGCAGAGACCACGCUACGCCCGACUACAGCCCUCCAGACUACCCUCCCAGCUGAUAUCCAGCCCCCCGUCAUACUCAGCAGCCCUGUCCAACUGGCUAUAUUUGUGGGUGAAACAGUGAGCUUCCUAUGUGAAGUGUCUGGGAAGCCACAUCCAACAAUCACCUGGGAGAAACAGGUGAAGGGCAAAGACAACACCGUAAUGAAACCCAAUCACGUCCAAGGAAACGUUGUGGUCACCAACAUUGGCCAACUGGUGAUAUACAAUGCACAGCUUGGGGAUGCUGGCAUUUAUACGUGCACAGCCAAAAAUGUUGGGGGGAAUGCAUCGUCACAUUUUCCCUUGGUCGUGAUCAGGAGAGAGCCAAAAGAUAAAAACACAGGUGGGAAUGUCACCAAUUUACCCUUUCCAACUGCAGAGUGCCUUCAGAGUCCCGACACAGACGACUGCGGAGAAGAGAGCAUCAGUUGGUACUAUGAAUCAAAGAGGAAUAACUGUUUCACCUUCACUUACAGCCAGUGCAACAAAAACCAAAACCAUUUUGACGCGUACGAAGCCUGCAUGAUGUCCUGCGGAGGAGAACUCGCCGCCCCCUGUAGCCUCCCAAGCCUCCAGGGACCCUGCAAGGCCUACGAGCCUCGCUGGGCCUACAGCAAAAACCUGAAAAAAUGCCAGUCGUUUGUCUAUGGAGGCUGCGGCGGCAACGAGAACAACUUUGAAUCCAAGGAGGCCUGUGAGGAGAUGUGCCCUUUCCCCAAGAACCACAACUGUAAGGUAUGCAAACCACGAGGCAAGAUGGUGACCAGCUUCUGCAAGAGUGACUUUGUAAUCCUGGGUCAUGUGAUGGAGCUGACAGAGGAGCAGGAAUCUGGCCUUGCUUUGGUGACAGUGGAAGAGAUCUUGAAGGAUGAGAAGAUGGGUCUGAGGUUCUUUGGGAAAGAACCCUUGGAGGUGACUCUCAUGAACAUGGAUUGGAACUGCCCCUGCCCCAACAUCACCGUAGCCGAGGGACAGCUCAUCAUCAUGGGAGACGUGCACAACGGCAUGGCCAUCCUGCAGCCCGACAGCUUUGUGGGUUCCUCCAGCGCUCGCAGAAUCAGGAAGCUCCGUGAGGUAAUCCAGAAGAAAACCUGUGAUUUCCUGAAAGAUUUCUCCACUUGAACCUUAAUGAAAGCUGUUGAUGUUAGAGACUUCACAUUUACCUCGCAAGACCACAAAACAAGUAACUCAUCUGUCACCCCGUGUUCUUUAUCGGGACAUUCCUCAGCUCAUGAAUACUGCAGUCAGGUUUUUUUUUUAUUAUUAUUAUUUUGAGAUGUUACCAAAGCUGUUUUAAAAUUACAACACAACUGUAUUAUGCCGCAAGAGUACUCGGUCUGGAAACCAAAUGUUAUAAUACCCAAGCAUUUACCUUUAAAGCAUUUAACCUUUCUAACUAUUACUAAAAUGAUAUUAUGCAAACUACCUUUCUAAAUAUUAUCUUGAAUACACUAACGUGAUUAACUUUUUAUGUUACUCGUAUGUGCGCUUAUCUUCAAAUACACAUACUGUCGUAUCCUCACAACCUCAGUUUAUCAGCCAGAAUCAAAUAAGCUCUUUGGAUCCCAUUUAUGUGGCGUCCCUUUUGAUAAGUAUUCAUUUACUAUACAGUACAAUACAAUACCAUACGUUUAUGGAUGUCUACACUCUGUAUUUAUUGUUGGAUUCUUUUAUUAUUAUUUUUGUUCUAAUAGAGUUAUGACUAAUGGUGACAGUCUUAGACAUUGUACGGUUUUGUGACUCCAACUGCAAAGAGACGUGUUUACAACAUGUUGCUGUUUGUUACGACGUGCAUGAGAUGUGGUGAAUGAAUAAACGUAAUUUUGAAAGUUAAA